CGCCCUUUUGAAGUCAGACGGGGUGAGACGAAAGGCAGCUCUCUGGCAGAGCGUCUAUGCCACAGGACGAGAAGAAGAUUAGGAUGGAUGCCCCACCCCCCGACCGGGCCCUAGGAAAGCCAAACAAAACCCUGCAGCACCAGGUGGACGAUGACGACCUGGGGUUUAAGGAAAUGGACGGUCUGAAAGAAGCUUUGGCCAACCUCAGGGGACUGUCCGAAGAGGAGAAGAGCGAGAAGGCAAUGCUCCGCUCCCGCAUCCAAGAGCAAUCCCAGCUCAUCUGCAUCCUGAAACGCAGAUCCGAUGAGGCACUCGAACGCUGCCAAAUCCUCGAGAUGCUCAAUGCGGAGCUGGAGGAAAAGAGGAUGCAGGAGAUGGAGAAGUUGAAGAUCCAGAGUGAGCACACCCAGAAGCUGGAAGACCGCUUUAUGACCCUGGCAGCCAACCACGAGCUGAUGAUCCGCUUCAAGGACGAACACAAGAAUGAAAACAUGAAGCUGAAGGAGGAGAACGAGAAGCUGAGGCGGGAGAAUAGCAGCCUCUUCAGCCAGGCUCUGAAAGACCAGGAGGCUAGGGUGCUGCAGCUCACAGCACAUAACAAGGCCCUGGCGGAGGAAUUGGAAGUCUUGAAACAAAGAUGUGAUCAUGAUGCCAGCGAGGCAGAGGCCCGAGAGAAAAAGCUGCUGGGUCUGCAGAACCAGCAGGCUUGUGCCCAUGCCAAGGAGACAGAGCAGCUGCGCAGCCAGCUGCAGAGCCUCAAGCAGAGACACCGGCAGACCAUGGAACAGAUGGCGAAGGAACAGGAGGCGCGUAGCAGCCUGAGCGAGGAGCUGCAGGCCAGGCUGCAGACUGUCUCGAGGGAGAAAGAAGAGCUGCUGCAGCUGUCCAUGGAGAGGGGCAAGGUGCUCCAAAACAAACAGGCUGAGAUCCGCCAGCUUGAGGAGAAGUUGGAGACAGCAGCCAUGGCCAAGAAGCAUGCGCUAGAACGCUUUGAGCAGGAAGCAGCGGCCGUUGAUAGCAACUUGAGAGUUCGCGAGCUUCAGCGCAAGGUAGAUGGGAUCCAAAAAGCUUAUGAUGAGCUGCGUCUCCAGUCAGAAGCCUUCAAAAAGCACAGCCUGGAUCUUUUAAGCAAGGAGAGGGAACUUAAUGCCAAACUCCGCCAUCUCUUUCCAUAAGGAAACUCUGCUUCCCGUGUCUCCAGUUAAUAACUUCAAAUAUUUGUGCCUUACCAUUAUGGCAAAAGCAAAGAUAAUUCACUUACUAUACUUUUAAGUACAAAAAUCACUUUACUAUGAGUUGUUUGUUGUUACUGUUGUUGUAAAUGUUAAUGUUAAGUUCUACCACCUAGAAUACAUUUAAGAUUAACCAGAGUCCCCUCUGUGCCUUUGAAGUUUUCUUAAGGUUAUCCGUAGCUUCUACCUCAUAAUGUACUCAUUCUCAACCCAGACACCUUCCUAUAGUGUGAAGAUUUAUGAUUUAAAGGAUCCUAAAAUGAAAGUGCUAUCAUGAAAAACAGGAAAACAUAGCCCAUUAGCCACUGCAGAAUGAUAGGUUUGUUGGAGCACUGUAGUUGAGAUUAUAUAAAAACAAAACAAACAAACAAACAAACAAAAAAAAAAACCCAGCUGUCAGCAUGGUAGAGCAAAUACUCUGCAGCAAAAAAGUCUAAUUGAAUCUAAUUUUGUAUUAGCUUGGUUAAAUCAUACACUUGUUUACCAAAGCAUGAAAGCCAGCUCUGUUACACUCAUUGUGUUGAGCCUUAAGAUUCAAGUUGGUUAAGUCAACCAAUUUUAAUAUUUUCUGCAAGUUUAGCUCAGUUCCACUUUCCUGGUUUUCUCCUUAAUAACUGAUAGGAUUUAGAUGUGCUCUAUUGAGACCCAGUGGCUUCAUUUUCCAUUUUGCAAUAUUCUAGUAGGGAAAACAAAAACAAAAAAAAAAAAAACCUCAAUUUAGGGUAACCGGUCAUAGUAGAUUGAGUUUGAUUUUUAUGGUAGCUUAUAUAUUGCCUUCUGUUUCUGUCAAUACAUUUUCUUGCAAUUAACUUGCAUGUGUUUAAAAUCUAAGCUGAAUGUGUAUAUGUUUACUUAUGGCAUUUUUGUGGGAAUAAUUAAAUAGUGUUUUAAUAGAGUUAAAUGUAGAGGAAUGUAAAGUUCUUAAGGAAGUAAAGUCUUCAAGUUAAUUUCCAGAAUAUAAAUUAUUUUCUUUCCCCCCAUAUUUAGUCAUUAUGUACACAAUUAUGAAUACCUGUAAGAUGGAUUAUAGUAUAGUCAUUUUCCUCAUUCAUUUGGUGCAAAUACACCAAAAAUUACAUAGCAAGUUUCAUUUACUAAACUUUUACUUGUGGGGCUUUUUUUUGCCUGUUGUUGUUAGUUGUUUUUUUUUUUCUUGAGAGAGAGAGAGAGAGAGGCGUAUGUAGCCCAGGUUACC